AUGUCGUUAAAAGAGAAUAAAAAAUAUCACUUUGAAACACUUCAAUUACAUGCUGGACAAAUACCUGACCCGACAACAAACGCUCGCGCUGUUCCAAUCUACGCUUCCACCUCGUUCGUGUUCAACAAUUCAGAACAUGGCGCGCGAUUAUUUAGUUUGAAUGAACAUGGAAAUGUUUACAGCAGAAUUGGGAAUCCUACUGUUGAUGUAUUUGAAAAGAGAAUCGCUGCUCUAGAAGGAGGUGUAGCAGCAGUCGCCACCGCAUCAGGUCAGGCAGCCCAAUUUAUAGCAAUAAAUGCGAUAGCGGUGGCUGGUGACAAUAUCGUGUCCACAAGUUAUUUGUAUGGCGGGACUUACAAUCAAUUCAAAAUCUUCCUCCCUCGACUAGGAAUAAAAGUGAAAUUUGCACUAGGUGAUGACCCAGAAGGCUUUCGAAAAUUAAUUGAUGAUCGAACGCGUGCCAUUUAUAUCGAAUCAAUUGGUAAUCCAAAAUAUAAUAUUCCUGAUUUUGUGGCUAUUGCAAAAAUAGCUCAUGAUGCCGGGAUUCCGUUGAUUGUUGAUAAUACAUUUGGUGCUGGCGGAUAUCUUAUAAAGCCAAUUCAACACGGCGCAGACAUAGUCGUUCACAGUGCAACAAAGUGGAUCGGUGGCCAUGGAACAACAAUCGGCGGAGUAAUCGUAGAUUCAGGCAAAUUCCCGUGGAACAAUGGAAAAUUCCCAGAAUUUACUGAACCAGCCGAAGGAUACCACGGCCUCAAAUACUGGGACGUAUUUGGCAACGCCUCAUUUGCAAUUAAAGCUCGUGUUGAAAUACUACGUGAUCUUGGCCCAGCACAAAAUCCAUUCGGCGCAUUUCUCUUAUUACAAGGCCUCGAAACUUUGUCGUUACGUGUUCAACGACACGUUGACAACACACUCGAACUAGCAAGAUGGCUUGAAAAUCAUCCAAAUGUCGCGUGGGUAUCGUACCCAGGGUUGGAAUCCCAUCCGUACCACGAAAAUGCGAAAAAAUAUCUAAAAAAUGGAUUCGGCGGUGUUCUAAGUUUUGGUAUAAAAGGCGGAGAAAAAGCCGGUGCAUUAUUUGUUGACUCGUUGGAACUCGCCUCAAAUUUGGCGAAUGUCGGUGACGCGAAAACACUUGUUAUUAAUCCCGCCACGACGACACAUCAACAGUUGACUGAUGAUGAACAGUUAGCUAGUGGUGUUACAAAAGAUUUGAUUCGUGUCUCGGUUGGAAUUGAACAUAUUGAUGAUAUAAAAGUGGAUUUCACACAGGCGUUUGAGAAAAUUGCUGCUACUGAAUGA